AUGAAAAGGGUUUUGUUCAGAGGCAUUUCACUCACUACUCACAAUAUUCUUCACUCUUAUACCAAAACCAACCAAAACCCAGUUCACUCGUUCAACCCACUCACCACUUCAACUCGGUCUCGACUCAAGUUUUACUCAUCCGAAUCAGAUUCUCCCGUUGAAAAGAAGCCUGACCCUGUUAUAGAAUCUGCUUUAGUAGCUGAAGCCCAUGUCAAGGAUUUAGCUUUGUCCGUUGAGGAUGUGAGUAAUAAAGAGCUAAAAACCCGAAUCAAGAAGUACUUUGAAGGGGAUGAAGAGGCACUCCCUUCAAUUCUUGAGGCCAUUUUGCGGAGAAAGUUGGCUGGGAAGCAUGAGGAGUCCGAUGAUGAAUUGAUGGAUGAAUUGGAGAAGUGGGAUGAAAUGAUUAAGGAAGCUGUUCAGCAUGGAUUUCCUAAAGACACAAAGGAGUGCGAGGAAAUUCUAGAGGACAUGCUUAGCUGGGACAAACUCCUUCCAGGUUUUUCUUGA